CUUUGAAGAUUUCACCACCCAUCUCAAGUCUGUAGAACAUGAAUUUCGUGAGUGGGACAGGCAUGCUAGAAAAUACGGCCUGGAUCGUACUAACCGUAAUAACUUGCCGUUUGGUCGAUCACAGGAGUUGGACUUGCUGCUUACUCAAGAGAUGCUUAGAUGUCAAGAGAUGCUUCAGCAGUGCCGGCUCGGUGGCUUUAAGCCUAAAGACAGACCUGUAACCUUAGAAAGAGUCGAUCCAAGGGGAAUGAACGAAGUAGAGAACAUGACAACGCAGCAGCAGCAUGAGGAGAAAGAGGUAGAGAAAGCUUUUGUGCUAUGGGACAUGGGAAACUGUCCGAUUCCAGAUGGUCACGAUCCUCUUACGGUGGUUAGGAAAAUACAAAUGGCGGUGGAAAAGUCAGGCCACGUCAGCCGCAAUGGUGAGAUCUCCAUCACUGCCAUCGGCAGCAAACUAAGAGAGAUCCCUGGUGAAGACGUCAUGAGGAUACUCUCUUCGUUUGAAAUCUCUUUUAAACAUUCCCACCUCUAUACAUAUGAUUUGGAUGAGUGGGCCGAUGCGAAUCCUCCUCCGUGUACUAUGAUGAUCAUAGAUGAGCAUGAGCGAAUCGGAUGGAUGGCUUCUCAACUUUCCGAUCUUGAAGAUGCUGGAUACAGAAUUCUUCUUGCAUAUCCUCCUCAGCGUGACCUAGCAGCCACACCCUUUCCACGUUCCUUUUCUAAACAGUGGGAUUGGGAUGCCUUAGUCUUUGAUGAUGAACACGAGACAACAACAACAACAACGAGCCUUGUUUUUAGUCAGGGCAAGUACAAUGAUGAAUUUCCCUUUGCUUGCGAAGUAUGCUUUGUUGCUGUCAAAACCUUUGAAGAUUUCACCGCCCAUCUCAAGAGUGUAGAACAUGAGUAUGGUGAGUGGGACAGUUAUGCUAGUAAAAACGGUGUGGAUCGUACUAUCCGUGAAAACUUGCCCUUGGGUCGAUCAAAGGAGAUGGACGUACUGCUUAUCGAAGACAUGGAAUGGCGUCUUAUGAAAAGGAAGGAGCAUAGCCACGGCUUACGUAGUCCUCAAACCAGACUUGACCUCUUUUGAGUCCCAACUAAUUUACUUAGCUAUGAGUUUUGGUUUUACCUUGACUUGGGUUUUAUUCUAAAGUAUUGAAAGGAACAUUUGAAGAA